AUGGCAAGGAUUACCGAUCUCUCGAAUGAGCUCUUGCUUCAUAUCGGCUCCUUUCUCCACCUCCGCCUUUCGGCCAAGCAAUUCUUUCGUGCGCAACGCGAAGAAAAAGGACGCGAACUUAUCCUACAUGAACACAGAGCUUCCUUCCUGAACCUCUGCGUUGUGUCGAAGCGGUUCAACGGCGUCUUCACCAGGGAGCUGUAUCGUUUUGCCAGCAUUCAGAGUCGCAACGGCCCUCGUCAGCUGUUAUCACUCCUCCGCCUCCUUCGAUUCAAACCCGGCUUAUUCCACUGCAUUGAACGAGUUUAUCUAGACCUCAGACCAGCCCCAUAUGGCGGCUCGUCUCUCAGCCACACACAGAUGCUUCCGAUGAAGACCUGGGCAGAAGAGCUAGGCCUCACCGUCGACAACAAUAUCAUGACGACACUGGCGUUGUGGCAAUCACACGAUGGGAGAAUUCUGUCGUCUCAGUUCUCCCCAGAGGAGAGACGAAACUUUUGGCAAGUAGAGCAGAACAGUCUCGCUGUUCUUGCGGCAAUCCUCCUCGCCAGCCUUCACAGGGCUCAAGAAGUCGCCUUUUCGACGACCGCCGGCGUUCUUCGUCAUAUUCCAGUCUGCCUGGGCAUUGCUGGCAGCCAGAGUAAUGCGCCGCAGGGCAACCUCCUUCCAGCGCUAAAGUCACUGGUACUGCGGUCCGCGGGCACGCAAAUAACAGACAUCGAAACGCACCGACUCUCCCAAACCGAGAUCCACCACCUGACUGCAAUGUGGAAGAGCAUCUCCGAGGUAUGCCUGAAUGAGAUCUGUAUCUCCCAGGACGAGAACAUCGACGAAGCCGAGAAGCCAGAAAGCCGUGUCGCCAGCCUUAUUUUUCAGAAUGUUCAUUUCCGUCACGGCGACAGUUCCAUCGAAACUCUCUUGGUUGGCUACCGUAAUAUUUCAAAGUUUGGAUGCUAUAAUACCGGCACCAUCUUUCAUCCGUUUGGCUUCUUCUUGCCUACACCCCGCAGGCUCACCGAUGCCUUGGCUAACGAAAUUCGAGCGAACAAGCUGAAGAGCCUCUGCAUCUACAUGGAUCCCUUUCCGAAGAUUGAUACCUGUCGGGUAAAGGAUGUGAUUAAGGAGGAAAGUAAGGCAUGUAAGCCACUGGAAGCUCUAGGCAGUCUAGAAGCCUUCUCCAACCUUGAGCUCCUCUAUAUCGACAAGUGGAGCUUCAGAAACGGACCCAAGACAAACGUCCUUGUCAAGCAGAGAAGCAAAGCAGGCGAUCUAGUUCAAGCUGAAGUCGAGGUGCACGACGUCAUUCUCACACUUCCUCAUUCACUGAGGUGGCUCGCCGUGGGCGGCUGCACCGAUGGAGUUACGGGAAGCGUAUCGUGGUUUGCAAACAACCGUCGAAGUAUGCCCCAUUUCUACGCGCUGGCGAUACGCCGCUGCAAGGCAGAGGGUUAUGAGGCCCUGACCAAAGAGUUAAGAGGGUGGAUAAAGUUCUCAGCCUGCCAUUUUGUUCCUUUUGAACUCUUGUGA